AUGAGCACUACGGAGCAGCAACAGGGGGCCCCUCAGGGGGCCCCUGUGGGUCCUGAAGGACUUGCAGCGGAUCAGGGGCCCCUUAGAAAUGAUGGGGAUAAGCAGAACACUGGUGAGGGCAACCCCAAGGGGGAGGGGCCCCACGAGGGUGGGGGCCCCCAAGGGGAUGGGGGCCCCCACGGGGACGGGGGCCCCCAAGAGAGCGGGGGCCCCCAAGAGGGUGGGGGUACACAGGAAGGAGACGAGGAGGAGUGGUAUGUGGUGCUGCCGCCUGAUGCCGUUGCCGUCUUACAAGAGGAGCAGAAGCGCCAGCUGCAGCUGCAGCAGCAGCAGCAGCAGCAGCAGCAGCAAGAGGCACAAGAACAGCAAAACCAGGGACAGCAGCAAGAACAGCAAAGCCAGGAGGAGCAGCAGCAACAGCAGGAGAAGGGUGUUAACAGCACUGGCAGCCCAGAGGAGAAGCGCGCGUCCUGUGAGGACAGCAGCAACAGCAGCAGCAGCAACAGCGACAGCAGCAACAACAACAACAGCCCCAGCAGCGGCGGCGGCGGAGAUAAUACCAGCAACGCCAGCAACAGUAGCAGUAGCAGCAGCAGCAGCAGCAGCAGCGGCGAUAAUUCCAGCAACGCCACCACCAACAGCAGCAGCAGCAGCAGCAGCAGCAGCAGCAGCGGGGCAGCAGAAGGCGGGGAUAGUACUGGCGCUGAGGGAAGCAUAGUGGGGCCUUUGAGUUUAUCUGCUUUGGGGGUUUAUUUUGCUUGGAAUUUAAUUGAUGGUUUGACUUAUGUGCUGCGGCGAGGAGAAGACCAGUGGUCCACCAUCUGCGAGCACCCGGUUGUUGCUGCUGCGCUGCGUAGCUGGCAGCAGCAGCAGCAGCAGCAGCAGGAAGAGGCGGAGGCGCUGGCAGCAAAAGCAGAGAUGGCAGCAGAAGCGCAUGCAGCAGCGGCCUUUGCUGAGGCAGCAGCAGCAGCAGUCCCCGGCAAAAAGCGGCGAGCAGCAACAGAGAAGGCAGCAGCGCUUGCUGUUGCAGGUGCAGCAGCAGCAGCAGCAGCAACAAGGGCCCCCUUUGCUCUGGUUGACUCAGCCCUCAAAUACUGCGGCCCCGAUGGCCAGUGGAUGGUCUUUGAUACUGUCGACAAAAUAUGGAGACCCAAGCACGACUACGACUUUAUGGUAGCAACGGCAUCGGAGAGCAGCAGCAGGGGCCCCUCAGGAGAAGAGGCGUUGAUGUUAGCUGCUGUUGCUGCAGCAGUAAGGAGCCCUGGCGGCGGCUCUUCUGGGUCGAAGGGGCCCCGUACCGUGGGGGCCCCCACCGAGAAGGGUACGGGGGGCCCCCCUGCGAGCGUUGGGGGCCCCUCGGGGGCCCCCCGUGAAGGAGAGGGGGCUGAAGGGCAGGAUUUAGGUGUACAUACACCCGAGAAGGGGGAAGAGGGAGCGCUUGAAGAGCGACAAUUAAAGGCAGCGAAGAGGAAGGCAUACAGAGAGAGAAGAAAGCAAAAGCGUUUAAAGGGUUUAUUUGUAGCCCCAAAGACAAACCCUAACGUUUAUGUCUGCGGCCUCCCCCAACACUUCACUCAAAAAGAUGUCGCUGAACUCUUCAAAAAAGCCGGGGUGUCUCGUGCUGAGUUUUCGAAGAAGCAAACGGAGACAGCUGAGGUGUCUCCUCAAGGGUCUUCUGAAGGGUCUUCCCAGGUGUCUCCUCAGCCCACAAAUGCCUCAGCGGUGCAGCAGGCGGCAUUAAGAAGAAGACGUAAAAAGAUAUUAGCUGCAAGGCAGGAACAAGACAGGCUGCUGAGUUGGGAUAGCGAAGCAGCAGCAGGAAGGGGACGGCAUAAUAUUGUGGUAUUGAGGCCUAUGUACUCGCUGCAAGAGGCAGAGGAGCAUGAAGAAGGAGACACCUUUUAUGAAGAACUCCGCACUGAAGUCCUCGAAGAAGUCGCGAAAAUUUCUCCCCCAGACAAAGUCACAGUCAUCCCUGUACCAUAA